CACGGGAGCCGGCGCGCCCGGAAGGUCAGCGUGUUGAAGGUGGCGGUGGCAGCGGCCCGGGGCGGGGGUGAUCUUCCCGCUGUGACUGUGGAGCUGCGGGGCCGAGCACGCUAUCCUGGCCUGAGACGGCGGGGGAGACAGACGGCCGCCUGCUGCGUGUGACACCAUGGAGGGUGGCGGGGGCACUGGCAACAAAACCACCGGGGGACUGGCCGGCUUUUUCGGAGCGGGAGGAGCGGGUUACUCGCACGCUGACUUGGCCGGCGUCCCGCUAACUGGUAUGAACCCUCUGUCUCCUUAUUUAAAUGUGGAUCCACGAUAUCUUGUUCAGGAUACAGACGAGUUUAUUUUGCCAACUGGAGCUAAUAAAACCCGAGGCAGAUUUGAACUAGCCUUCUUUACCAUUGGCGGCUGUUGCAUGACAGGGGCCGCAUUUGGGGCACUGAAUGGUCUUCGGCUAGGAUUGAAGGAAACCCAGAACAUGGCCUGGUCCAAACCAAGAAAUGUACAGAUUUUGAAUAUGGUGACUAGGCAAGGAGCCCUUUGGGCUAAUACUCUAGGUUCUCUGGCUUUACUGUACAGUGCAUUUGGUGUUAUCACUGAGAAAACACGAGGGGCAGAAGAUGACCUCAACACUGUAGCAGCUGGAACCAUGACGGGCAUGCUAUAUAAAUGUACAGGAGGCCUUCGUGGAGUCGCACGGGGUGGCCUGGCAGGACUAACACUUACCAGUCUCUAUGCACUGUAUAACAACUGGGAGCACAUGAAAGGCUCCUUGCUCCAACAGUCACUCUGAAGAUGUUGCCUCCUCAUGAAUGGAGACACCAGUAGUCAUCCAGAUCACUUCAGUCAGUCUGGAGCCGCUUCCUCUCUUGUACCUACAACCCCUUUGAACAAUUGGAGUUCUGAUUUGCUGUGAUGAAGAUCAUGGGUGGCUGGCCAGGAUUGCACUCUUUGCCCUUAGUGAGUUGAAGCCAGGCCCUGUGGGGGCUCACUGAGUAAUGUUUUCUCUUCUUUGGGGAGGAUCUUGCAUCUGUUCUCUCCUGCACCCUAACUGGAACCCACUCACUCCCUGGCUUCAGGGCAUUCCUAGUGUCAACACUUUGUUACUGUUGGGUUAAUAUCUGAAACUGGUACGUUGCCCUGUAUUCCAAAUAAAGGGUGAAAUAGAAACUCA